GGUUACUCAAAGAAAGAAGGAAACUUCAUUUAAAAUUCUAAAGAAAUGGAUUCCACUUUAUCCCUCCAACUUUGGUUUUUACGUGCUUUAUUAGAUAUCCUAAAUAUGGAGCACUGAAUCUAAUUAAGUUCACUUCUCUUUGAUUAGCCACUCAUUCCUAGUUAUAUUUUUUCACCUUUGUUUCUCCACUUCACACCAUGUAUACAAAUCAAAGAUCAAUAAGCAACGGAUCAUCUGCAGAUCAAGACGACCUCAUAAUCAGAGAUAUACAUGCGUUAACACCACCACAUCCACCAACAAAUAAUAAUAAUCGAAGAAGAGAAGCAUGGGAAACUAGUAGUCAUAUAUCUGAAAGCAGAAGUAGUACAGUUCCGAGUGAAAAUUUUACAACUAUGAGUCGAGAAUUCAAUGCUUUAGUACUUGCUGGAUCAUCAACACUUGGCGAUAACGGCAGCGAGAACGAGCACGGUGGCGGUGGAAAUAAUAAUAUUAAUCAUCUACUUAGUAGAAUUGGAGAAGAUGAUAACAGUGAUCAUCAUGAUCAUAAUGAUGAUAACAGUGAUCAAGAAAUAAAUCCUUUGGCUAUUGUUCCAGAUAACUAUAAUCAUAAAUUUGAUCCUGUUCCUUCACCUGGCGCUGCUACAACUAGUCGACGCAAUACUAAUACCAUGUUAGUAACGGGAUCUUCAUCUUCUUCAAGUAACAACAACAAUAAUAAUAACAAUUGUAAUAAUAACCAGAGUCUUGUUGAAGAUAUUACGGUGAACCGAGUAAAACGGGAAGAGACUGAAUCGAAGAUAUCUGCAUGGCAAAACGCAAAGAUUUCGAAGAUCAAUAAUCGGUUUAAGAGAGAAGAUGCAGUUAUUAAUGGAUGGGAAGGUGAACAAGUUCAAAAAUCCACCUCUUGGAUGAAGAAAGUUGAGGGACAUCUGUAUUACAAAUGGUUUCUUACAACUGACUGCACAAUACAUGUCUCGGGUGUACACGCAGAGAAAGUUGGAGGAGAAAAGAGCAAAAGCACUUGAACAUAUGCAAAAUGAGGUGGCGAAAGCACAUAGAAGAGCAGAAGAAAGAAGAGCAUCAGCUGAGGCCAAAAAAGGAACAAAAAUUGCUAGGGUUCUUGAAAUAGCGAACUUGAUGAGAGCGCUUGGAAUACCCCCAACAAAACGCUCCUUCUUCUAAUGCAGAGUGCGGAACACUUAUGGCAGUAGUACAUCCUUGGGGAUCAAAUUCUUAUCAUCAUCUCAACUUUCAGGGAACAUUUAUCUUGAUGAUUAAUGCACCCCAUCUUGUAUUCUUUUUAUUCAUUUAAGAGGUGGGUUUUAGUGUGGGAUUUGUGAUAAGUUGGGACAAGAGUUGCACCCAACAUAUAAACUUUAGUGGGCGGUAUUAAUAUUUUGGUACUUAUUGAAAUAUUUAUUUUGGUGUUUUA